ACUCCUCUUCUUUUUUUCUGUACGCGAAAAGAGAGAUAAAAAUAAAAAUAAAAAUAGAGUUAUUUAUUUCACAAAUAAAGAAGCAAAAGAACAGGAAACAAAAAAAAUUCUAUACUUCAACUACAUCUACCUCAUCCUCAAAGCUACCAUUUCAGUUACCUUUGUUUCUCCAUUUUAUACCUUUUAGUAUUUAUAUAAAUACGUCUUUUAUUCAUUUUAUAUAUAAACUCACAUUCUUACGAUAUUCUUACAUACAACUUUACAAACAUAUUCCAAUACAUCAAAAAGAAGGAUACCCUCAAUAUAUUCUUCAUCUGCUGGCUUUUUCUUAUUGUUUUUUAUAAAGUCAUUUAUUUUAAUCUGACAAUGAAUCAGCAAAAUACUUCUAAUCUUCAAGCAUCUAGUAAUACUACUGGACAGCCUCCUCCUACUCCCACCUCCCAACAAAUGCAACAAACUCAACAGCAACUUCAAAUGCAACAACAGCAGCAACAACAAGUUAGCAUGAGUCAAUCUACUGAAUCUCCAAGUGCCAAUUGGCGGAAUGAAAUCUCUAUUCCUGAUAGAACCCGUUUUGUUAGUCAACUUUCUUUAGCUUUAAAACAUCUUUCUCCUGGAUCAUCAGAUAAUGAUGCCUAUAAUAUUGCAAGCAACUUUGAGGCUUCACUUUAUCAAAAAUGUACCAGCAAAAACCAAUAUGUCUUAGCUUAUGCUAAAAAAUUUCAAAAUAUCAGAGAUCAAAUUAAUCAAAAUAUGAAUAAUGGUAGUCUACAACAACCUGCUGUUGGUGUUUCAUCUCCUCAGCAACAGCAACGUAAUUUUCAAUCUCCAUUAAACCAACAACAGGUUAUGGUUGCACAAAAUCAAAUGCGUCCACAAGCCACUAAUCUUCAUCAACAAGCUAUGAUGCGUCAAGCUAGGACUCAAUCAGGGACUCCUAUUCAAACGAAUGGCCAAGUGCCAGCUCAAACGCAAACACAAAUACCAGCCCAAGCUCAAACACAAACGCAAGCGCAAGCACAGGCUCAAAUGUUCGCCUAUCAACGUUCUGCUGCUGCCGCUGCUGCUGCUGCUGCCGCUGCUGCUAUGACAGCUUCUAAUGGUUCUCAGUCUAUGCAACCUAUGCAAUCGAUGCAGCAAAGACCUCAUAUACAGCAUCAACAAAUACCUAUUAACUUACUUCAAAAUAUGAAUACAACAAAUGCUACUCAAGCUGGCGUAAAUAUCUCUCCUCAACAGCUUCAAAUUCAAAAUUCUCCUCAUCAACAACAAAACUUCUUACCUCCACAGACUCAAAAUAUACUGACUCAACAGCAGUUAAUGAAUAUGGCAAUGAAUCCUGGUACUAAUAUUGGCAAACCUAUAAUGAAUAAUGGUGUCAUAAUGCAUACUGGUGCUGUGAAUAACGGAAACUUUAGACCUCAAUCUCAGCAACAGGAUCUUUCAGGUACAAAUGUUUCUGCUUCUAAUAAUAAUAUGAUCUCCACUGGUUCUCCCUUACAACAAAAUAAGGUUGAUAUCAAUUAUUCUAAUUCUGUCAAUAUGUCCUCAAGCAUGAACCCUAAUCAAAUGGAUGCUUUUUCUCCUUCAUCUACUCCUAUAAGCUCUGCUGCUACCCUUGCUACCACUCAGCAACAACAGACUAACCAAAAUAUAGUGCGUCCUUCUCCUGCUAAUAAUAAUCAUCAACAGAUGAUGAUGAAUCAAGAGCUCUUAAUGCAAAGAUUACAACAACAAAACAUAAUGAACAAUAGCCUUGCUGGUAAUAACCGAGGUCCUGGCCUUCAACAACAACAACCUCAACCAUUUAUACAGCAAGGUAUCCAUGCUCCUCCAAAUGCUAUGCAAAGGCCAAUAAUGAAUCAACAACAUCAUAUGCAUCCUAAUACCGGUAUUAGACCUAUUACUAUACAGCAAAGAAAUAAUGCUGCUGGUAUUGUUAGACAGAUUGACGAAAAUAUACGUCAAGGGCGAGUUCAUGCAAAUGUGAUUGAGGACAUGUCUGAAAAUGACAAGAUGGCCAUCCGUGAACUCAUGUCUCAAAUGAAGUCCAUGUAUGAUAAGAUUGAUAAUCUCUUGCCUGUCUUUUUGGCUAUGACAAGCAAUAUUGAAGCUACACGUCGUCUUAUCCUUAUGAAAUAUAUGUUUGAAGAUCAAUGGGUAGCUCUCCCUCAGAACAAAUUUCUGAUUAGUUUGGAAAAUCUUCUCAAAUUACGCGAUCAAUUUAAUGGUUACUUCAAUUGGGUUCGUAAUGCUGUAGGUCAACAACAACAACAAAUGAAUGCUAUGGCUGGUGCUAUGAAUAAUAAUGCUAUGGUCAAUCAACAGCAAAUGGCCAUGCUUCCUGUUCAUAUGCAACAAGCUCAUCAACAUGGCAUGCAAGGUAUUCCUCAACAACAAGCUCAACAACAAGGUAUAGUUCAGCAAGCUAUGGUGUCGCAUCAACAAGGUGGUCCUAAUCAACAAACAUUGAAUAUGUUACGUCAACAACAACAUACCCAAUUGCAAGCUCAACAGCAAGCUCAACAACAAGCUCAACAACAAGCUCAACAACAAGCUCAACAGCAAGCCCAACAGCAAGCCCAACAGCAAGCCCAACAGCAAGCCCAACAGCAAGCCCAACAGCAAGCCCAACAGCAAGUCCAACAGCAAGCCCAACAACAGACUCAACAAGCUCGCAAGCCUCAGAAACGUAAGCAUGAUCAACAAGAAAAUAUGAGUGACUCAUCUCCUCUCAUGUCUGGUUCUUCAAGUCAACCCGUUGCCUCUGAAGAUAAUAGCAAUGAUAAUACUGCUGUAUCCUACACGCCUACUGCAGCUACUGAGGCAUCAACUAGUAAUUCUUCUUUAGGUAUUAAACGUGAAAGUAUCGAUUUAAAAUUACCUCCUACCAAGAAACUCCGUGGCACACGUGCUGCUGGAACAUCCCCUACUUUAACCCGUAAAAAUGGCAAAGCGGCUGAAAAGAAAGCAGCAGCGGCAGCAGCAGCAGCAGCGACGGCGGCAGCUAAUAAUAAAAUAUCUGUAUCUACACCGGUAUCUGAGUCAGUCUCUACUUCAGCUACUGCACCCAUUGCUACACCUGUCUCUGUGCCAGUAUCCACACCAGCUUCUGUACCAGUCUCUAUGCCUACACUAACUGAACUUGCUCAACAGCAAGUAUCUCCUUCUGAGAAUCAACAAGAGACUAUCUCUCUUUCUUCAGUGAAUAGCCCUGCGCCUGCUAAUAAUGUACAUCCUAGUACUAGUCUAUCUCCAUCUGAUUAUCCUAACACUAUAAAUUUCCCUCACCAAUCUAACAUGGAGGGUCCUCAUAGCGGUGGAAUACCUGUUAAAGCUGGUAUGCCUUUAAGUCAACAUCAGGCACAAUCUCAAGCAUUCUAUAUGGCAGCUGUUAGCAAUGGUAUUCCUCCUCAAAUUGCUAAUCUCUUACCUCAUAAGGCUUUGCAAUGCAAUUGGAUCUUGCAACAAGCAGCUCAAAACAAGAUGCAACUGAUGCCUCACCAACAACAACAAAUUCAAUCUGUUUUAAAUGAUUAUAUUGAAGCAGCAAAGCAGCAGUUAUCGGCAUCUCAUCAAGCCUCUCCUGCUAUGCAUCAUCAUCAUGAAUUCUUACAACAACAAAAUAUUUCCUUUGUUUCUCCCACUCCUGUAUCGGUUGUUACCUCUCAGUCACCUACAUUACAAGAAAGUGAUAAUGAUACCGCUACUGCCUCUGCAAUUAAGGAAAGUAACAAGGCUAAUAAAAAGAAAACCAAUAACAGUCAGAUACCCACUACUACAACUAAUAGUAGCAAUACAAUGAUUGUUCAACCUUCUGUAACUUUACAUCCUGGUAUUCAACCUGGUGAAGAUGUUAUGUCUCUUUAUUUUUCUCCUAAUGCUAUAUUAAAUAGCCAACCUAAUACUACUACAACAUCCUCUCAACAUUCACCUAAUCCUAAUUCAAAUAAUAAUCAACAAGUAUCAAAUAGCAGCUUUGAUAGCUAUUCUUCUGCUCUUAAAGAAGGAUAUAAGGAUGAAACAUUUGGUACCCCAGAUUUAAGUUUACUUGCAAAAUCGUCCACAUUACAAAAAGAAGAUGAUCUUAUUGCUGUUAAUGAUUUACAACCUUCUUGGUUUGAUUCUACUACAGGUAUUGACUUGGGACUUGAUGGUUUUGACUGGGACAAUAAUGACUUUGUUAAACUUGAUGAUACUGAAGGACCUGCUGUAGCAGCAACAACAACAACAACGUCCGCUUCAUCUAAUGAGCAGCAAAAAGAUGAAGUUAUAAGUUCAUCAUUUAUGUAAUGAAAAAAAAAAAAAAGCUUAUGUCAUCUUGAAGCAUUCUCACCUUUUCCCUUUUCCCUUUCC